CCCCUUGCCGAUCGAGCCGGAGCUGUGUUCAAGGAGGACAGCAUUCGACGCUUCUUCUACGGCAGCUAACCGAGACCCUGCCGGUCGAACGAGGCCUCGACUUCCGGGACUAGAGCGGACGUGCAACUGCACCAUGCUGCCGUGCUCCGCGGCCCUCGUGGCCCUAUUGGCGGCGCUGCCUUCGUUCGUCCUCCCCGCGGCGGCGGACUCUUCCUCCAAGCGCGGCCUGGUGCACACGCCGAACGAGACCACGCGGGCAGACGACACCAUCUGGGUCCAGAAGCCGACCGACCUGACCUGGUACUACAACUACAAGCCCGAGCCCGAGUCCGCCUUCCAAGACAUCCCGCAGUCCGAGUUCGAGUUCGUGCCCAUGCUGUGGGGGGCACCCGCCAGUCUCGACGACACCUCGUUCCUGUCCACGGUGAGGAGCCUGAUCGAGGACAAGAAGAUCAACAUCACUCAUGUGCUCUCGUUCAACGAGCCCGACGGGCCGUUCGCAUACGGGGGCAGCAACAUGGAGCCUGCCGAUGCGGCGCAAGUUUGGGUCAAGAACAUGAUCCCGCUCCAGCAGAUGGGCAUCCGGGUGGGCCUGCCCGCGUGCACCGGAGGGCCUGGGGGGAUUCCCUGGCUACAGAAUUUCCUGAGCGAGUGCUCCAAGCUGGUGAGCACGGGCGACAAGACACAGAACUGCACAUACGACUUUGUCACGAUCCAUUGGUAUGGCAACUUUGAAGGGUUGGCGAGCCAUAUGGGCCAGUACUCGGCGACCUUCCCCAACAAGACCAUGUGGAUCACCGAGUACAACAUCGACAACCAGGACCUGCAGACGACGCAGGCCUUCUUCAACAUGUCGGCCGACUACUUUGACCGCCUGGACUUUGUCGAGCGGUACUCGUACUUUGGCGCCUUCCGCAGCGACGUGUCCAACGUGGGCCCCAACGGCGCCAUGCUCAGCGCCGACGGCAACCUCACCGACAUUGGCGCCUGGUAUCUCGGCCGACAGGCCACUGGCGUCCAGCCCAGCCAGGGCGAGUCAUGGGGUUUCCGCUCAGCGGUCCCGCAUGCGAGCGUGGCGCUACUUAGUGCCUGGUUGAUCAUGCUACUCGUUGGAGUUUGACCAGCACCCUCUUCACUUGAGGUCGUGCACGGCAUCGGUGCCUUUGGCUGUCUUAUUCUUUUGGUCAUUAUUUGCCAUGUAUACCAACAUAUGCUCUGCUCAUGUCCAUUUGUCCACGUGUACAACACCAUUCAGAUGUCUCAUACGGUGGUUUCCGUACAUCAGCCGAUACCCGGUCUCGCCUGGCAAAAGGGGCUUGGACAUGGAGUUGUGAUCAACAGAAGUUGGAGACAGUAAAUGCGGCUAAUAGACUCUGUACGAUAUUCGGCGCGGCCAAA